UUUAUGUCUACACCAGUCACCUCAGACUCCACACCAAGGCUUCAGAAGCCAAUGAAGGGUCAAAAGAAAAAAGGGCACAGGAAAGUGAAGACAGGUGUCUACGACAGAAGAUCAGAGAUGUCAUCUGUUUCCCCAAUAUUGUCCAACAAGCACAAUGAUUCAUAGAAGGAGGUGCCAAACAAUAGUGUGUGCUUGGCAAAAAAAAAAAAAAAAAAAAAAAAAAAGGCUCCACAGGCCAGCAGUAUUCAGGCCUCCAGAGAUGCCUCUGCAGGGGAUGUCUCUGAGCAGAGAUCCAAGAGGAAGAGGGGACAAAGCAAAAGGAAACUGGAGAAUAUCAUGACCGAUCCAGAAGCCUGCCUCAUUCUUGCCUCCAGUGAUGCCUCUGCAGGGGAUGUCCCUGAGCAUCGAACCAAGAGGAAGAGAGUGCAGAAGUCAAGGGCACUGACAGAUGUCAAAGCAGUUGCCCAGGACAGCAGCUUUCAGGCCUCAGGCACAGCCACCUCUGCAGCUACCCCUGAAGCUGCCUCAGGCACAGCCACCUCUGCAGCUACCCCUGAAGCUGCCUCAGAGCUGAAGUUCUACAGGAGGAGGACCAAGAGGAGCAUAUGGACUGUGGAGCGCAUCGAGGGGACAAAACUCAUCAUAAACAAGAAGAGAAGACUCAGUUACCAGCCUGAGGACCUUGAAGCCUUCUACCGAAUUCUGGAGGAUCCUGUGGUCCAGAACUUCUUGGCAGCUGACAUUUUCUUCAGGGUGACAGACAAGUACCUGCUGUCUAUGGUGGUGGAGUACUUUGGCCGACUUGGGCUCCCUGGACAUCUCUACAACAGGAUCCACUUCUUCCUGGCCCUCUACAUCGCCUGUGACAUGGAAGAGGAUGACCCCAUAUCCAAGAGGAGUAUCUUUCAAUUUCUGCUGGGCAGAGACACAUGGCAAGACUUGUACAAGGACUUCCAAAGGCUGCAGAAGGAGUUCCUCCAAGUCAUAGAUUACCGAGCCUGGGUCACACGACAGGAAUGUGAAGAGAUCCAGAACCAGAACCCACAGCACUGGGUCUGGAGCCGGGUGCGCCAGAGCGCCCCUUAGGGUCCCAGGCCUGGGAACCAUCAGCAGGGCGUGGAGCACGGGGCUGCAUGUGAGCUAG